AUGGCACGCCGUUCCCUGCUUGGUGUCAUCUUUCUUGGCCUUUUGGCGACCUUAUCUCAAGCCAAUCUUCUAGGUGAUGCUCACCUUUUCAAAAGAUAUUCCCAGGUGUAUGUUAUGCCACCAGUUUCCACUCAUUCGGCCAACGAUGUUCUUUCAGGUCAUCGCAAUGCCACCAGAACUUCCAUUCGCAGUCUCCUCCCAGCCUCAACACUUGGAAUGGGCUAUGGUACUUCGCUUAGCUCAACGUCUCUAUUCGAGAGUACUGGGCUCGAGACUGAAACCAAGACCAAUGUUUACAUUGAUCAUGGCACUUCCGAAGUUCUCAGCCAAACAACCGAGAGCAUCUCUGACCCCGUGUCAGGUGACCAGGGCAUUUCUACCACUUCCAUUGAGGUCGACUGGACGGGAUUGCUUCCCGUUACUCCUUCCACCCGGCAAUCCUUCUUCAAAACGACGCUUCCGUUGACGGGGCAAGACCCGGCUGCCACCGACCCUGCCACUGGCAUCACGCCACAUCCUAACACAUCCUACGAUACUAGUAGUAACAGGGCUACUGAACCCACUACUACAGACAUGUUGCUUCAAAUAACUUCAGUUGCUAAUUCGGACACCUCUGUCGCGCUUCCUGGAAACUCUGAAACUUCCAGAAGUGGAUUUGAGUCCAAAGAACUCGGUACCGCUGAUGAGACGACAAUGUUUCCAAGCGAAACUUCGCAGGCUUUCCAGGACUCAACAAGCCGACUUUUCACGACGCUGCCAGACCAAACAAGUGGUAUAUGGGACUCAACAACUACUACGAUUCAAUCCGAUGAUGAGCUGGAUAGUACAAGCCCGUCCUCUGAAGCCCUGACUGUAUCUGAUGGAGCUUCUCGGGCCCUUGAAAGCUCGCAGCCAACCAUGGAAUCCGGCACGAUCGAAUUGGAAAGUUCAACGACACUGUCAGGCUCGGCAAAUAGCUCUCCGCCCUCGACUACACUUGAUAAAACCGAGCCAGUCACAAAGUCCAACACCAAGUCCUUAACUAGUGAAAAGACACCAGAGGCCACCAAUCUACCCAUAGCGACGGGCAGCGUGGCCUCCUCAACGAUGACAUCGGAAGAUGGUAUCGUCACAGGGACAGAUGGUACGGUGGCAACAUAUGUUCCAGAGCAGAAUAAAGACUACAUCUCAUCCACUGGCACGACUACCACCACAGAUGACAAUGGAGCCGCCAUUGUUAUCUUUCCAUUUGGGUGGUUUUGGAAGCUGCAGGAUGGUAGGGGAGGUGGUGCCGUAGUAAGGCCUCCUGCCCCGACUGCUAACCCUGUCCCGGAAAAUGAACCUGGGGACAAGAACGAAGACGACGGUGAUGACGAAGACGACUCAACUAAGGAAGAAGACAGGUCUACGGUCCAAUCUACGGUACUUUCAACCACUCCAGAGCCAACCUCAGCCACCACCAGCACCUACGAGCAAACAACUUCAGAGGAAUGUACAGCUGCAACACAGCCAGACUGCACAAAGACCAUCUCAUACAUGACUUCGGACGGAACCCAAAUCAUGACCGAAUUUGGCAAUUGUCCAACAAUCAUCAGCUGUGCUACGAAGACUCAGGCCACGGAAACCCUGACUUUGACAUCGGAGUUUAUCUGGGCUGGCGUUCCCAACACCAAUCCCGCCAUUGUCAUUCCAGAGGAUGCUUACACCGCUGAUGUUGAUCCAAAGAUAGUCGCAGCUCUGGAAGCACAAUGGGCAGAGAUCUUUGAUGACGAUGAUGGUUGGAAUGAUACUGAGACGUCCACUGUUUCUGGUUCUACAACGGUGGACGAGUCAACCAUGACUGGUCCGACCGAUACAGAAGCAGUCUCUACCGUCACCUCCGAAUCUUCUACGACUGCACACAAUAGCAGUUUAACUUCGAAUACAGAAGCAACUGCUUCUUUCACAACAGCCUCCGAUACAUACUCAGUCACCACAGCCCCCAGCACGUUGAUCACCAAGACCAGAGGUACUGGUAAUACAACUGACAUGCCAGCAUCUACAGAUCAAGAAGCGACUCGCACCUACUAUCCAUGCGUCAUCCAUGGCGGCCCUGCGGUUGAGACGCCAUAUUGUCAAUGCUCAACUACAGUUAGCGGUGAGGGAUACUACGCAACGACUACCUUGGUUGACGACCAGUGUGUCGCAUACACAGAGUUUCCAUCGCAAAUCACUGCGGCACCUGAGACUGGUCCCAUCACGGAUGAGCCUAUUCAGCAACCCAUCACGACCACUACAGAUGGUACGGUCUUGGUCUGGUCAGCUUAUGUGCUCGAUUAUAUCAACAUCCCAGGCAUCACAAAGAUCACCCAGUCAGUGGGUGUAGGUGAACCUUCAACAGUGUCCACUCCAUUGCCGAGUCAGACUGCUGUUGAUAACGAUGGUGGUGGACAAUGCGGCACCGGCGAUGGUCUAUCUAAGAAGGGGCUUCGUGAGGCUUGCGACAGAGCGAUCGAUAAGUAUGAGGAUGACACCAUAUAUAGCGACUAUACUUCUCGCUACAGCCGUUCGACCAAAGGUAUCCUUGUAGCGGCAUCCGUUGGCCAAGCUGCAUGCAUUGCCAAAUUUCAGUGCGACGAUUACGGUAUUGGCAAGAAAGGUUCUGACAUCGAAGAAGCUCGUGAGAGUGCUAAGGAGAAUGACGGUGUUGAUAUCUGUGGACAUGUACGCCUUUCCAACUCAUGUACUAUCAUUAUGGACUACUGUACCAACUGCAAAACUCGAGGCUAG